UUUCUUUUUCUUUUUCUUUUUCUUGACUUAUACGUACUUGGUGGCCAACCUGGCCCAUUUUGUCUGUCACGCGUCCCACAUUCUAGAGAUAGAUUGAUUAUAGUAAAUAACACAACAUGAAUGAAGCCCUUCCCCAAGGGUCUAUCUAUCAUUUCCAUAAUUUCUGUUCAAAGCCACCCAGGUCCUUAUGCUUCUUUUACAGCCUUUGAAGUUUAGGAAGAGCAAAUUCUAUGGGCCAUUUGCCUCUUGCUCCCAUCCAUGCUUUCUUAUACGUGCAUAGUCCAACUUUCCUUCACCCAGUGUGUAGGAGAACAACUCGUCACCAUAUUUUUGAGAGUAAAGUGAUUUUAAAUAUCUCCUAAGCAAGUAUAAAAAACAUACAUGUAAACUCCCACGAGCAUCCGGCAAACCAGGCUAUCUAUGUAAAUCACCCACAAGUUUUCAAUGCCAUUACAUGGCAUUCCCGCCUUUCUUGUGUGUACCUGCAUUAAAUCAUUUGCGUGCCAGGGAACUCGCAAUCGUCAUGCAUUAUUAACAAUUAACUCGCUCAUUCAUAUCCUGAUCAAGAUUCUUUCUAUCACAGACUGGGAUUUGUGUCGAAGAUUGACUACUUUGGAUAAUCGAUUGCCUCCCCAGCAAUAUAUAUUGGUGCAUAUUACACAUGUAUUAUGCAUGACUCUUCACAUUUCAAACUUCUUCACAGGUCAAAUUUAGAUCACUGAAGCUGACUUUAGAAAGGGUUCAAGAACUUAUAUAUAUAUCUUCGGGAGGGGAGGGAGGUGGGAAGGAGCUCUUCUCCCACAUGAGAGAUAAAUACAUAUGUCCCACCUACUCAUAUACUAGUAGAGGUCAGUAUACUCAGAGGCAUGAUUCAGUACAAGAGGGCUGCUUUGACUCAUUAGUGUGCAUUCAUUGUAUGAGGUCCAUAUUAUUAAGUAAGGCAAAAGUAUAGCUAGUUCAAACCUUCGUAUGAUUGCCCAGGCCAGACACGGAAUAGUUAACUACAGCUCUUCUUGGGGAUUUACGGAAUUUCGUCAUUGUUCAUUUAGCUUCUCCACUGCCUGCCCAGAGGGUUUUCGGACAACCGGCAAUAAAGUUUAAGAUCAAUUUUUGCUUCUCCCACCCGACUUCGCCGUGUGGCUCCGAGAGGAUAAUAGGAGAUAUGGGGGGGAAUCCAGGAUCCAUGGGUUCAAGCAAGGGCCAACUGGCUAAUAAGAGAUGGAGAUGGAGAGAGCUGGUCUGGUGUUGGGGCAAAAUCUCACCAGGAGAGCUCACCUUGGACAGGGAUUGAGAUUUAAGGCACAGCCAUGGAUUUGUUAAGCUCGUCGACGAUAGAUAGGUUCUUUUCUGAGGUACUUGGAGAUGAUGAUAACUAGAGGAGAAUAGUUAGUAAUAUCAUCAUAGUAACUAUCAUGAUGAUAAUGAUGAAUGAGUAUGACGAUGACACAGUUUCAGUGGAAAUGGUACUUGCAACCAAACAAGUUUUCUUUUCUUCCCAUCCACUUUUUCGAGUCUAGAACCGUAAUAAUUCCCUCUAUCCAAGAGUGUAUAAUCUGAUCUUCCUGGCGAAGUGUGGAGACGAGUUAAUAGCUGUGGAGGAACCCUUUUCAGCAGAAUUAGUCCAGUGUGCAGAGGCCUCAACUCACAUUGUUCAGCAAGCAGCAGAUCUGAUAUACGAACAAAGCGACGACACGGAAUCUCCUUCCGGUUGACAUUGAAUAAUUGGCACUCAAUUGACAUUGAAUUGACAUUUGUCUAUGACAUCUUCAUCUCCACUGUAUCCGAGAAUUCGCCGCCGUGGCUGAGUCAGCUCUCACGUGACCUUCCGGGCAUCCCCAACCUCAUCUCAUCUUGUUCUGCCGGCAAAGGUUCUAUCUCGCUGUGCUUUUUACUGCUGGAACUAACUCAAGACUUGCUUCUUGUCGCCUUAUUUCCUCCCUCUCCUGCUCCUGUGUUAGCUCCUCGUCGCCCUGUGCGGCUCUUGUUUCUGCAUUUCUUGGUUUGUUGGUUGCUGCUGCUGUUGCUGCUGCUGUUGCUGCUGCUCUGUUGCUAUUCCUGCUAGUCAUUAUUGCUGCUGGCUGUCUUGGAUCUUGUCCUCCCAUCCGCUCGCUGCUGUCCACAUAUCCUUGCAGCAAAGCCUUAAGACACACCCUUGACUGGGAGAACGAUGAGAGUUGUUGCUCCUCACCCGUCCAACGGCAGUGCUUGAUACUAAACACCAAUCCUGCUUUGCCCUCGAUCCACUCGAUCGUGCGAGCUGAUUCGAGAAGGCCGGGACCUCGAUUCUCUCUGCCCAGCCCUCCUAGCCUAGCUAGCCGCCUAAUCCGCUCUUGUCAGGUCCUCAGGCCGGGAUCUGCUGUGCACAAACAACAAAUCCUAGCACUCGGCGCUCAGCCUCUUAGCAUCUCUCGUCCCUUGGAGCCCUGGACACUGUCCUCGCCAGAGUCACGACCAGGCCCAAGUUAAAACCCAGCCCAUCCCAGACAUCCGACUCCAGCUUCGAGACCGCUGCUUCCCGUCUCCACCACCGCCAACCUUGGAGUCUUGCAGUGAUACUUGUGAUAGUGCUUGCUGGCUCUCACAACUAACUCUCUCUCUCCCUCCCUCCCUCUCCCUCCCUCUUUCUCUUCCAAUACCUUUCCACCUCCCUCUAUCUCUCCUCCUCCUCCUCCUACCAUCUCCUACCAUCUCUUUCAGGGCUACCUAGAUAAAUAUCCUGGCCAAUCCUCAACCACGAAUACCCAUCUCUCCGUCCGCCAUCUGUUCCCUCUCUCCCAAUUCGGCUCUUUUUGAGGGGACAGAUUUUACCGUUUGAUCAUCAUGCACAAAAUCACCAAUUUCACGGGCCAGGCCCGUCAUGGAUGGGAAAGGAUGACCCCGACCUUUGGCAUGUCCCGUCCCCAUCAGGACAUGUCGAAUCAAGCCCUUCGACGACCCCAUGGCCCUCAUCCAGUCACAGUCCCCCCUGGAGUCGAUACCACCGUAACUCUCUCCUUCAAUGUCCCCUUCUCCUCGAACCUUCCCGGCCCUGAUCCCGAAGACAUCCUACACUCAAGUCCAGGCGCUUUCCAAAGGUGGACAUUCCCUGAGGGAACCCCGGAAGGUACCCCGAUCCACAAGCUCCCAGUCCACGCAAGCAACCUAGAUGCCCUGAGAAAGCUAUGUCGAAAUGUUAGCGAGUCCAGCCAUGGCAGAAUCGAAGCUACCGUGACCUCAUCAGAACCCAAGGCCGUCGCCUCGUUACAACGUCGCCCUCAGGGACUCGUAACGAAUGUGUGCAUUUCAGGCGAUGGCGAAACCGUUCAACAAGUACGACAGAAUAUUUUGAAGGAAACCCCAAUAGCUCUGAAAUGCGCUACGCUUGACAUCGAUGUCAAUCUAGUUAUGGAUAAAAAUACGAAUGGUGUCCGGUCAAGUGUACUCGAACACCUCGACACGUUGGCGCGGUAUACCGGAGCAGAUAUCUUCUUACUAAGCCCCAAAGUCCUCGAUGCGGACAGCGCCAUCGUGUCAUCAUAUGGUCAUUCGACAGAAAACGGGUUAGAUCACCGGUUCCGUGUUGCCAUAUACAGCGAUGUAGAAAGUGCGGAACACGCCAAAACUAGAGUCUUGAUCAUGAUCGAUCAAAUUUUGAAACGUCGUGUCGAUGCAAUGAAGCUUGAGCUAUCAAUGCAUACGCUGGUUUGUGGCCGUACCCGCAAGAAUAUCAAAUUUAUCGAAGCGUCAACAAACACUGCCAUCUACUUCCCACCACCGUUUCCACGAGUUUUUGGCUACACCCCGCCUGGAGGUAGCCGAAGGAGCGAAGAUGAAGUUUAUAUCACCGGUGAAACUCAAGAGCAAAUUAGCCUCGCGAAGCAGAAGUUGCACGACCUAGUCAGCGGAGUCAAGAUUUUCAUGAAGAACGUUAAGUUAUCAUCAAACAAAAUCGACAAUAUUCUCCUAGAUCGCUUGGAUAAAGUUCGGAAAGUGAUGGAAGCAAAUGGCACAUACGUUCUCUUCCCAUCGCUAGGCAGCCAGCAUGGUAUUGUUCGCGUUCAAGGGUCCGAAGUCUUGCACAUCGAGCGAACUGUCAGGGAAAUCAUGGCAUUGGCUGGACAAUUCUACAGUGCAUCUUGGUGGCUCAUUCUCCCCGACCCUACGCAAUCUAGCUCAAUGCGCGGCCCGUCCCCGGCUGAUGUCAGGACAAUGCUUUCUGAUAUUUGCACGAAUUCUGGCGCUGAGGUCAGUUUCGAUAAGCUAACCUUCACCAUUAACGGCUCGGAUGACUCUGUCAAAGCCGCUAUGAUGGUGAUCCAACAAAUUCCUUUCGUCAAGCGAACACCUUACCAGAUGCGUGUUAAGAUCGAGCUUGCGAACGAGCAUAAAGAGUUCGUCAGUGGCAAGAAGAAUGGCAAGAUCAAUAAGAUCAUGGGCCAAAGCAACGUUCAAAUUAUCUUCGACGGUUUCAACGAGUACAAUUUCUACAUUGACGUCUGCGGAACUCAAUAUGAUGCUACUAGGAAUGGGCUUGACCUCGUUGAGCAGGAAAUGCCUGCAUCAAUAUCGUUCCAUGUUCCUGACCAGUACCAUAAGCGAAUCAUUGGCAUUGGGGGGCAACAUAUCCAACGCAUUAUGAAAAAAUAUUCUGUCUUCGUCAAAUUUUCAAACGCAAUGGACCGUGGAGGCGUCGGCAAGGAAGACGAUGACGUGAAAGUCGACAAUGUAAUCUGUCGGACCCCUGCUAGGAAUGCCCAGAACCUGGACUUGGUCAAGCAGGAGAUUAUGGACAUGGUCGAGAAAGUUGAUGCGGAAUUUGUCUCCGAGACCGUCGUUAUCAACCGCCUAUAUCACCGCGAACUACUAGUCCGCAUGUCUGAGAUUGAAGAACUUGAGAAGAAAUGGAACUGCAAGAUUGACUUCCCAAGCACUGAGUUGGCCAGCGAUUUUGUGACCAUUUCUGGGCCCGAAUAUCAAGUUCCUCAGGCUGUAGAUGCUUUCUUGGGUAUGGUUCCCGAAAGCCACGAGCUCUCCUUCCAAAGUUCUACAGAGCUCCGGGAAUUUUUCAAGUCUCCCGAGUUCUGCAACGAUGUCCGAGAAAAACUCAAGGAGCAAUAUGAAGUCGAUGCAGUUGUAGAUAUGAGUGCGGAACCACAGUGUUCCUCUGAGAACGAGCCUCCUCCAGAGGACCGCAUUAUUCUCGGAUAUACUCGGAACAAUGCUGGCGGACUCAAGGAUGCCAUUGACUUCCUCAUUUCUCGACUCGUGUCCCAUGGGCUUGAUGCCACCACCGUCAAGGGAGCCAUCCAGCGUCCAAAAUCAGACUCUUUUGAAGAGUCCUUGCCAUUUUUCGAUUCUAAAUUGCUACAACACGCCCCAGCUCCUCUAGUGACCGACUCCCCGACCCGCCACAAUUUCUCAGACGUCGCAAGCGACCGCGGUUCCAUCUUUGAACGCCUCCGUAAACCAGGCAGCAUCUCAUCGUUCUCGUCCUUCAUCGGACGCAAGAACCAGUCAGGAUCACCCGGUUCUUUCUUCAAACACGCCUCCAGCAACGCUUCCAAAGCGUCCCUCGUCUCCAUGGAGUCUCGUGAUAGUGGUUAUCGAAAUCCUUGGAACGACUCUGGCGUGAACCUCCCUGAGGACGACGUCCUGCACACCAACGGCUGGGCCUCUCGGUUUGAUAACAAAUUCCCCUUCGGCACGGCGCUGGGUGACAUGACCCCCAAACAUGACCUCCGCGCAUCUUUCGACAGUGGCCGUCCGAGUACCUCGAAUUCUACUUCUGGAUAUCCAGCUCCUAUCGGGCCACCCCGUUGAACUAAAACCACAGUUAAGGAUAAAUCAAAAAUAACCACACGCCACUCCAGUCAAAAUUCCCUGCUUCAUGAACAUUUUAAACCCCAUAUAUAUGCAUGAUACCUGCCCCCGCAUACAGUCCCUCAGAAGUCAUUCGCAAUAUACCCCAUUCCACAAAUACCAGUCUACUGCAAUCGCAUUAUGAUACCAAAGGAGUAAAAAAUACCAUCUUUUGUUUACUUUGCCUUUGUGCUCUGCCUUAUCUUUCACUUGUUUUGCUAUAUAUUUCUGUUUCUCUCCCUUUUUCAUAUCAUCGAAAAGAAACGCAUCCUACACUAUGAGUUUUGAACCUUUUUGUUGCUUUGUCUUUUUUUUCCUACAAACUAUAUACCUAUUUAACCAUAUACCCCUGGAUGGGAUGGAAGAGCACUCUUUGUUAGUUAGCUUGUUAUGUCUUUUUCGUUUUGUUCUUUUUGGUCCUGGGUUUUUGAUAUUUAUUAUUUUUCUCCACCCUGACAACAAAAAAGUGAUUCGGCGUUGUUUUCGCGAGAUAACUGGGUUGAUACCUCUUUCUUUUCCUCUCUUCUCGGUUUUCCUUUUUCCCCUACUUUUUAUUUAUUUGUGUUACUUCAUUCGAGUUUUGUUGAUUAUUAUCGUUAUCCAUUUUCUCCCAUUUUCAUUGCUCUUUUGCUCUCGAAUUGGCUUCGCUUGGGGUUGGUUGGUUGGGUUUGGCUGAUCUGAUGGAUGGAUGGAUGGAUUGACUGAUUGAAUUGAAUUGAUUGAAAAUGCCUCUCCUAUCUCUCUCUUUUUUUUUUCCGUUUUUCCCCUCGAAAUGCUAUUUUUGUCUAGCCUUUUUUCAUCGUAAGAUAACCUAUAUAAACAAAACAAAAAUCCUUUUUUUCAAGGAAGACUUCUAUUUAAUUAUUCCGCCCAACAGGGUAUAAAGCAGUUUUUAGUUUUGAGGGUUUUUUUUCUGUUUUUCUUUUUUCUUUUUUCUUUUUCUUUUUCUUUUCUUCUUGGAUCCUGCAUCCUUGCCUGUCCCAACUAGGGUAAAGAAAUUUAACAAUAAAAAUCAAUAACAUAGCAACCUCCAGACUCUUCUAACGAUCUUCUUUUUACCACUCAUACAUACCGUCCUAUCUCUGCGUCUUCUCCAGCGGCGAACGAAAGAAAAAUAUAUCUAGGAUUGCCAUGAAUAGGGUUGUAUAAACGCCCUCUUCAACCCCAACAAAACUCAGAUCUCUCUCUCUCUCUCUCUCUCUCUC